GAAAACGCUGGAGGAGACCCACAGUGCCAUACAGCCGCGCACUGCAGAGGAGCGAGCAGGACACUAACGCCACCGAGGAAUAUGUCAGCUUCUUCACGCACCGAGGGACGCUUAAACCACCGGCGUAGCGGAGUCGAUGCAUAUUCACUGCCUCCGCUUUAAUUCAGCAGACACACAUCGCGCUGUUUGCCACUUAUGCCCUGGUGAAAUCUUCCCUGCCGCCGCUGCUGGUCCAUCCCCGUCCCCUCCUCCCCUCUUUUUCUCCUCUUCCUCCUCCUCCUCUUGCUUUCCGCCGUCCCGUCGCCAGGAUGGACAAGACGCUCUGCAGUCCGCAUCCCGGGACCAACAAAACCAACUCUUCCUCGUCGGACCGCGGGAACUCAUCGUCAAGGAAGCCCGGGAGGACCGGGUCUUAUAGCCCCGGCUCCGGUUCCCUGGGCGGCCCGGCUGGAGCGGGAGGCAGCCGGGGAGCUGUUCUUGGGAACAGCAUGAAUCUGCAGCAGCAGGCGCGCAAGAGGCAGCUGGAAGGAGUGCUGAGCAAAUACACCAACCUGAUCCAAGGCUGGCAGUACAGGUACUUUGUGUUAGAUCCAGAGCUGGGACAGCUGCACUACUUUGUCAACGAGCAAGGGAAAAGCCAGAAGCCCCGUGGGUCCCUGCCCCUGAUUGGUGCCUCGGUAACCCCGAGCGACGAGGCUCCGCACAUGUUCAUUGUAAACUCUGUCAAUGGAGAGCUGUACAAACUCAGAGCCUCUGACGCCAAGGAGCAACAGUUUUGGAUCAGUCAGCUCCAAGCGUGUGCCAGACGUCACUCUGACAGCAGUGCCAAGGUGAGGAAGUUGAAGGGCUCCGAUGAACACUUGAGUGUGGAAAGAGCAGGUGGAGGCCAAGAGGUGCUGGGCUCCUCAUCCUCUGGUCGGACCCGUAGCUUCUCCCUCCUUCCCCACCUUACCCCAUCUUCAUCCCCGGGUUCUCAGAGGCACCUGAGCCACACGGCCUCACCUAGCAACAUCGUCACCAUCACCCACCACAAAUCUCCGGCUGCAGCUCGGCGGGCCAGGAGUCAGUACCCGGGACGGCUGCUGGAGGUCAAAGAGAGCCUCUACACUGGUCUCAGGUGGGACACUGGUGCAGUGAGUUCAGCAGAUAUUUCUGGCUUGCUGGCAGGCUCAACACUAACUGCGGUGUGCUCAGCCUUUACUGUGAUGUCCCAAGCAGAGGGCCAACAGAAGAACUUGGUUCAGUCCAUUGACUCUCUACCCACCAAAGGCCCUCUCUCCUGUUUGGACCAGGACCUGCUGUUGCUCAAAGCCACGUCGGCUGCCACACUCAGCUGCCUGGGAGAGUGCCUAAACAUCCUCCAAAAGACCCAGAGCCAUAGCCAGGCACCGACUCAGUCCCAGGCCUCCGAGCGCAACUACUCUGCCCACGGAGCCCCCUCUGAUGGUGUUCCUGUGUGGACUGCACCAAAGUCGCCCUCAGGGGAGCUGUUGAGGAACGGAGGUCUGACUCCUCUACGAUCUGCCGAGCCCUCCCCGGCCCUCAGGAAAAGGAGUCUGUCCCAUGGUGCUGAGCGCCACACCGGGCUGGAAGACAUUAGUCCCACUGAAGAGGUGACAGACACAGAGGAUAAUGAAGAGGAGGACCUGGGUGUCCUGGACGACCAGCGGAGCAUCAUUCUCCACCUGCUCUCCCAGCUCAAACUGGGCAUGGACCUCACACGGGUGGUGUUGCCUACCUUCAUUUUGGAAAAGCGAUCACUACUGGAGAUGUACGCCAACUUCAUGGCCCACCCUGACAUGUUCCUUUCGAUCACAGCCGGGGCCACGGCCGAGGACCGAAUAGUCCGUUUUGUCGAGUACUACCUGACCGCCUUUCACGAGGGACGGAAAGGUGCCGUGGCCAAGAAGCCCUACAACCCGGUGCUGGGAGAGACCUUCCACUGUUCCUGGGAAGUGCCCCGGGACAAAGUCAAACCUUUGGUCAGAUCGAACCAGGGGUCUUCUUGGGAGCCAAGCAGGGGUGCCAACAACACACAGCAGGGUGAUGAUUCACCAGGAGGCUGCUACAGAGUCCGAUUUGUGGCAGAGCAGGUGUCCCACCAUCCUCCAGUGUCAGGGUUUUACUGUGAGUGCCGGGAGAGGAGGAUGUGUGUCAACGCCCAUGUAUGGACCAAGAGCAAGUUCAUGGGAAUGUCUAUAGGAGUGUCCAUGGUGGGAGAAGGGGUCCUUUGUCUCCUGGAGCACGACGAGGAGUACGUCUUCACGUUGCCCUGUGCCUACGCCCGCUCCAUCCUCACAGUGCCCUGGGUGGAGCUGGGGGGCAAAGUCUCCAUCAACUGUGUCAAGAGCGGCUACUCUGCCACAGUCACCUUUCAUACUAAGCCCUUCUAUGGAGGGAAGGUACACCGAGUGACGGCAGAGGUCAAACACAACCCGACCAACACCAUCGUGUGCAAGGCCCAGGGCGAGUGGAACGGCACGCUGGAGUUCACCUACAGCAGCGGGGAAACCAAAGUGAUGGACACGGGCAAACUUCCAGUCACCAGGAAGAAGCUGCGGCCUGUGGAGAGACAGGGGAGGACAGAAUCCAGGCGGUUGUGGCAACAUGUCACCAAGUCGCUGAAGGAAGGGAACAUCGACGAGGCCACAGAGCACAAACACAGGCUGGAGGAGCGACAGAGAGGGGAAGAGAGGCAGCGAGCAGCCGACAACAAACCCUGGACACCCAAAUUCUUCACUAAAGAGGGAGACGGCUGGAUCUACAACAACUCACUGUUGAAGUCGACCUGACAGCAGACCAACACAGUCUUCUCAUGGACAAAAUCUGAGCUCCCGCCUCCCCAAGCUGAGGGCAGAGGUCAGGAAGCGAAGCGCAGGGAGGGGCGUACUCCAGAGACCUUCAGACUUGUGCUAUAGACUCCCAGUGACACACAAACAGGAAACAAGCAAGGUGCCAAAGGGAUCUCCGGUGGUUGGAGCUCCUGGGACAAAAGUACAUUUUUAUAAACAGUUAAUAUUACUAUUCUAAGUAGAGUAUUUCUAUUUUUCACCUUGUCAAGGCCUUUUUUGCACACGCACAGUAAUGAAGUUUGCCACUGGUCUUUUGCUUAGACGUUUUUUUUAAUGAUCAAUAUGUUUUCUCAGACAUCAAUGUUUGGUUCCAAGCUUUUAGUUUGUGAUGCAGCGUUAGAAUGAAUUGGUAGAAGUUCCCUGUAACACACAAUACUGUAGCUGUAAACGAGUUGUUUAUAUAAAAGCACUUUUACCAUAGAAAUAAAUUUAAUACUUUAUUAUAUAUGGCUUUUACCAAUCAGGGUGAUCUCUAAGAGCUUUAAAGGGGAAAACUAACCAUCUAACCAGAUUUAAAACGAGAUAUAAACAGAGGUAAAACAAACAAAUGUACUACAUUAGAUUUUGUCUUAGUAUAUAUUAUUGCACAGUCCAUUGCAGUAAGCUAUUAGAAAGUAAAGGUCCUGAUUGUUUUGUCUGCACUAUGAAUGUAUUUAGGCACAUUUUAAUAGUAUGCUUGUACUGUGUAGCUAUUCUACAUGCUUAUUGUGUUUUACCUUUAUAUUUUGCCACGUCGCUACAGUUACAGUAUUUCACCCACUGAGCGAGAAGCCUCUGCAUAACAGACGCUUUCCAUUACUACCUCUCUUAUUCAGCUAUUCCAGCCAUUAGCCAUUUAUACUUCCAAAACAAAACUUGUGACAAAAUGCGCCAGGGUUUUCAAAAUUCUUUUUGUUUGUUUGUAUCUGUGCCCCCCAAAUGGCACUUGUGUAAUUAGGCUGCAGCUGCUCACCCAGUCCGUGCCUCCUGAAGUUAGUACUUCUCCUCAGGUCGCCCGUGGUGAUGAAUAUGGAUGAAGAAGGCUUGCGGGGGAAAAAAAAAACAACAACUAUGUUCUCACAUCUGGGGGUCGCUCGAAGGUUGCCUCUGUGAAGAUGAGAGGAUAAUCUACCAGAAUAACAAUCACUGGGAACUGGGAUAACCAGCCUGCUGGGGAGAAAAGGAAAUUUAAUGUGUCCUACUACUGUGGUACUUACAUUCCAUGUUUGACAAAGUCUGUGGCCAAUUUCAUGGUUUUUCAACAAAGUAGAAAUUAAAUAAGAACAAUUAACAGUAAAUCCACUUCACAUUUUUCUGAAGGACUUAUAUAUUUGUCAUGGAGGGAUAUUCACAUAAUCACCUCACUGCUUGCUCUUACAGAUGUUUCUUCACUUAAAUUUUCAAAUGGUAUUAAGCCAGGUGAAUUUACCAGAUGCCUAUUUGUAGCUUGUCAUGCCAUGACAGUAUAGAGAACAAACCUGCAACCAGUCAUCUUCAGCAAACCACUGUUCAUUACUGAUUUAUGACAUUCGCCUUACAUGAAACUAACAGUUUUAUUUUGUUUUUUUAUAUCCAAAGGGAUCCAGACUCACUGAAGUAGAUAGUGACUGUGGAUAAAGGAGGUAUUAUCUAUUAAUAAAGACCUAUCUUUUUUUUAAUUAAACAUGUCUUCUUACAAA